AUGUCGACGGCAAUCACCCACGGCGGCUCCUGCCACUGCCGCGCUGUGCGCUUUGAAUUCGACGCUCCUACCAACCUCGUCGCCUUCGACUGCAACUGCUCUAUCUGUGCUAUGAAGCGUAAUGUCCAUGCCAUCGUCCCAGCAUCGUCGUUCCGCCUCGUUGCCGGCGAAGACCAUCUCUCCACGUACACGUUCAACACGCACACGGCGAAGCACAAGUUCUGCCGCGUGUGUGGAGUGCAGCCGUUUUACAUCCCCCGAAGCAACCCGGAUGGCAUUGCGGUCACGAUCGCAUGCAUCACCCCCGGCACGGUGACGCAAGUCAACGUCCAACCAUUUGAUGGUCACAACUGGGACGUAUCGUACGCGUCGUCUGGCAUUGCCAAGUAUUCAAAGUAAUUCACCGUGCACGAACAUGUGUGUGU